UCAAAAAGUAGUUGGCAAAAUCAGCCCAUAGUGUCCAAAACCAUCACCUAGUUUCUAAUUAAUCCCAUAUACUAAAAUUAAUAUACAUAUAAUAACUACAAAACCUUGGCUAUAUAUAUAGUUUCACUCAAUUUAGAAACUUUCAUCACGGUCUCUUCUAUUUCCAAACAUUUACACAACCCAUUUGUUAUCUAAAAAUGGAAACCAUAUGCGGAUCACUGGGGAGUCACCUGGCUCGCCGUUUAGUCCAGAUAGGCGUAAACGACGUUUUUUCGGUUCCUGGUGACUUUAAUUUGACUUUACUUGAUCACUUGAUUUCUGAACCGGGUUUAAACCUUGUUGGGUGUUGUAAUGAGCUGAAUGCUGGAUAUGCAGCUGAUGGCUACGCGCGAGCUAAAGGUGUUGGUGCGUGUGUUGUCACGUUUACGGUUGGUGGGUUAAGUGUGAUCAACGCGAUUGGUGGCGCGUAUAGUGAGAAUUUGCCUGUUAUAUGUAUUGUUGGUGGGCCCAAUUCUAAUGAUUAUGGGACUAAUAGGAUUCUUCAUCAUACUAUUGGUUUGCCGGAUUUUUCUCAGGAGUUGCAGUGUUUUCAGACCGUCACUUGUGCUCAGGCCGUGAUUAACAACUUAGAAGAUGCACACGAGCAGAUUGACACUGCAAUCUCAACCGCUUUAAAAGAAAGCAAGCCAGUUUAUAUCAGUAUAAGUUGUAAUUUGCCUGCCAUUCCUCAUCCUACAUUUGCUAGAGAACCAGUACCGUUCUUUCUUCCACCAAUAUUAAGCAAUCCAUUGGGACUAGAAGAAGCAGUGGAUGCAACUGCAAAGUUAUUAAACAAAGCAGUGAAACCGGUAAUUGUAGCAGGCAGCAAACUGAGGGUUGCAAAGGCUCAAAAAGCUUUUAUGGAGUUUGCAGAUGCAUCAGGAUAUCCAAUAACUAUAAUGCCAGCAGCCAAGGGACUGGUACCUGAACACCACCCUCACUUUAUUGGCACGUAUUGGGGUGCGGUUAGCUCCAGCUUUGUUGGGGAGAUAGUAGAAUCCGCCGAUGUGUAUAUUUUUGUGGGACCAAUUUUUAAUGAUUAUAGCUCGGUUGGUUACUCUUUGUUGAUAAAGAAAGAGAAAUCAAUCAUUGUGCAGCCUAAUCGUGUCACAAUUGGAGAUGGUCCUUCUUUGGGUUGGGUGUUUAUGGCAGAUUUCUUGAGUGCAUUGGCUAAGAAAAUAAAGAAGAACAGCACAGCAUUGGAGAACUAUCAACGGAUCUUUGUGCCGAGUGGUAUGCCUCUGAAAUAUGAGAAAGAUGAACCUCUUAGGGUCAAUAUUCUCUUCAAGCACAUUCAAGAAAUGUUGAAUGGAGAAACUGCAGUAAUUGCUGAGACAGGUGAUUCGUGGUUCAAUUGUCAAAAGCUACGUCUUCCUGAAAACUGCAGUUAUGAGUUCCAAAUGCAAUAUGGAUCAAUUGGAUGGUCUGUGGGUGCGACUCUUGGGUAUGCUCAGGCAGCCAAGGAAAAACGUGUGAUUGCUUGUAUUGGUGACGGUAGUUUCCAGGUGACAGCACAAGAUAUUUCAACAAUGAUUCGAUGUGGACAAAAUACAAUUAUAUUCCUAAUCAACAAUGGGGGUUAUACUAUAGAAGUAGAAAUCCAUGACGGGCCUUAUAAUGUGAUCAAGAAUUGGGACUAUACGGGUCUUGUUAAUGCUAUCCACAAUGGUGAAGGGAAAUGCUGGACUUCCAAGGUUAAAACGGAGGAGGAGCUGGUAGAAGCCAUUGAAACAGCAACAGGGCCACAAAAAGAUUCACUGUGCUUUAUAGAAGUAUUUGUGCACAAAGAUGACACAAGCAAAGAGCUACUGGAAUGGGGUUCACGAGUCUCUGCUGCUAAUGGCCGCCCUCCAAACCCACAAUAGUCGAACAAAUCUAAGAUCCUCAGGUUUGAAGUUGGACCACUCGGUUUUCAAGUCUAUGUAUGACUCUAUGAGCAGUUAUAAAGAUCUCUGUCGUUAGUCGCUUUAAUGAAGUGUAGUAAUAAAAUGUUGUCUUAAUUUGUACAUCAUCAUAAUGUACUACGUUCUUUUUUACAUUGUUAGCGUUUGUAAAUUUGAGAUAUAAAACGUCCUUGGUAUGACAAUCUUUAGCUUUCGACAAUA